AUGUAUACAAAUGAGGUUAGAUCAAACGGUUUAUCAUUGACCUGUGAGGAGGAAUGGGCCCUGAAAAUUUGGGUGGCAAAAAUCGUGAAUCGAAAUAAAGUAGACCAUACAUUAACCGAGUAUCUUCAUAAUGUUAUGAUGUUCGCGGGAUAUUGUCGAAUGUUUUCACAGAUGCGCCUAGUCACUGUUUCCUUUAGGGUCCCAUCUGCUGUCAUGAGAAUGUGA